AUGUUGGAACUUCUUACUAAACAAUAUGACCCUCAGAGUUUGCCCUACCAUAUUAUUGUCCCGUCCCUUCCUGGAUAUACUCUUUCGUCAGGUCCCCCUCUUAAUCGGGAUUUUAGUAAUGCAGAUGCUGCUCGAGUUAUGAACCAGCUCAUGGUCGAUUUGGGCUUUGGCAGGAAUGGCUACAUUGCCCAAGGUGGCGACAUUGGAAGUGACCUAGCUCGUCGAAUGGCCAAGUUUCACCCUGAGUGCAAGGCAGUUCACUUGAAUCAUCUAAUGCUAGAUCCCAACGAUGCUCCGAACAGCAUGGAGGGUGUGUUGGACGCGGAAAUGGCCAACCUUGGAAAACUGCAACGGUUCUGGCAAACCGGCUACGCAUAUGGUAUGGAGCACGGUAGCCGGCCCGCCACCAUCGGGCUUGUUUUGUCUACUAGCCCUCUAGCAUUGCUAGCCUGGGUUGGAGAGAAGUUCUUGGAGUGGGCUGACGACCGCGAGCCCAUUCCAUUAGAAACCAUUCUUAGAAUGGUAACUCUUUAUUGGUUUACUUCCACGUUUCCACGAUCCAUUUAUCCAUAUCGUUGGUUUGUCCGCGAACCAGACCGGUCCUACUCUGGUUUUGACGAAAAGCCAUUUGGCUAUUCUGCCUUUGAAAGGGAAGUAUCGAAUCCUCCAAAGGCGUGGACGGAGAAGCUCCUUCCGAAGUUGAUCCGAUAUGAUCAUGAGAAGGGAGGUCAUUUCCCUGCCUUGGAACAGCCUGAGCUAUUUCUCAAAGACUUGGAAGACUUCGCAACUCGGGCCGGACAUAUAUUCAAGACCUAG